AUACAGGAGGCUGCUCUUCAAACCAGAUAGCCUACUACAGAUGUUUUGCUCAAUUCAACUUUAAGAAAAAGAAUGAUGGAUGAUGUUUACCAAUAUCCUGUUUUCUUUGAGUGUCACAGUCUGUCCUGGGAGCAGAAGAAGGGGAUAGAAAAAUAUCUUGGUGUUCGCCGCAGAUCAGGUGGAGGCGACUGUGGGCCGCUGAGGAGAGUGAAUGAAAACGUAUACAGCGUGACUUUCAGAUAUCAAGAAGAUCAGCAAAGAGUCCUGCAGAGACCUGAGCAUGUUGUGGAGUUUCCAGGUGGUCGUCUGGUGUUCACUCUCCGAGACAGUCUGGAACCUCACACCUCCUCUCCCACCACCACGUCCACUCCAAACCAGGAUUUACCAGGGCCAGCACAGAGCCUACAGUCCAUUCCUGCCUCAACUGCGCUACCAUGUGGUGAAGAAUAUGAACUACGACCUGACACCUAUCUCCUUUGUUACCUGAAGGAAUGUCCCCAGGCCCAGUGGGAACUAAGGAAGGAACUUGCCUCUGUGGCCUGCUCUGCUCAGCUUUACCCAGAGGAGGGAAGGGUUUUAGUCAGGAGUUUAGCUCAACCUGGUGCUGCAGGUGAAGGUAGAAACUGGAAAGCUGAGGUAGACAAACUCUUUAAUGGCUACCUGUGCCACUAUGAGGUGGAUCCCUCACAAAGUCAAAGCUUUGCUUCAGUCCUGCAGCUCUGGUCAGACCACAGAUAAAGUGAAGGUGUACAGUGAGGGGGGGCUGGCUGUUGUGGUUGGAAAUGUUCACAGGUGAAAGCCAGGUUGAGGGAUGUAGAGGACCUGACUGUUAAACAUCGAAGGUCCCGUUUAACUGAGAAGCAAACCAGAAUUUGUCGACUGGGUGAGGCCAAACUCUGUCUCCUCUGGAAAGAGAUUGAACAUGGUUUGGGACAAUUUUUUCCAGGAGUUAAAGUCACACAGGGAGAGGCAGGUCAGGUAGUUCUGAUAGGAUCUGUUGAGGACAUUCUUGAAGCUGGAGAGUGGAUUUCUAAUAAGGAGCAUUUGGUGUUAGAAAGGACAGUUUCUAACAUGAGCCCUCAUCUCUCAGUCUUCCUAAAGAAGACUUAUGGAGGUCCAGGGGUGCUAGGUGACUUUUUAGGGGUUGGUGACAGGGUGCAAGUAGAUUUACGAGACAUAAAACUUCAUUUAUUCUCCCUCUCUGUUGAUAACCUCGAUAAUGCAGAAAAAGCACUGUGGGGUGAGUUUAAGGAAGUUAAGAUUGAGGCUCCUAACUGUUCUUCUUUAUCAUCCGAACUAAAGUCUAAGACAAAUGAGAUGAACCAAGGGCAAUGUAGAGUACAGGUCCUGUUUGGCUCAGACAGCACGGUUCGCUUACUGGGCCACACCAAAGAGGUUGAGGAGCUGAGUGAAGCUGUUACUCAGUUUAUUUUGCAAAGAGCAGUCCAUCUCCCUGUCCCAGAGUUUGCACAAGAGUUACCAGAAUUUCUGCUGUUGCAUGGUUUUGACUACUCAGGGGAUACCUUCCAUCCUUUAACCUCCUCAUCUAGGCCCAUGGUGGUGCUGGAUGGGCCAUUCAGCAAGGUGACUGAGGUCAGGAACAGACUGGGACCAUUUCUAGACUCCCUUCUUCAAGAUACAGUGCCCACUGACCAGUUGGCAUCUUUGAGUUUGACUGAAGGGAACACAGUAGUUGCCAGCUACAGUCUAUGUGAUGGGCUACAGGUGUUGGUGUGUCAGGGUGACAUCACCAAACAGAAAGCAGAUGCCCUGGUUAACGCUGCCAAUGAAGAUCUGGACCACUGUGGUGGUGUUGCUGCUGCACUGAGUAAAGCAGGCGGUCCUGACAUACAAAGUGAAAGCAAUACCUUGGUGAAAUAUAUUGGGAAAAUUCAUACAGGUGAUGUGGUAGUGACAACAGGGGGGAACCUAAAGUGCAAGAAACUGCUGCAUGCUGUUGGACCUGUAGCUGGAAAAGCAGGUGGCAAAGAAAGGUCCUUGCUAGAAAAAGCUGUAAAUUCUGCUCUAAAUUUGUCAGAAAUCAUGGAGUUUAAGUCUAUAGCCUUACCCUGUAUCAGCUCAGGUGUGUUUGGUGUUCCUGUCACUGUGUGCUCUGAGGCUAUUGUAACUGCUGUAAAGGAGUUUGGUAGUCAGGAAGGAGCGAAGUCUGAGCAGAAUCAUCCUGAUUGAUAACAGAGGAGAGGUGGUGAGGGCCAUGCAGGAAGCUUGUGACAGGCUUCUCAGAGGUACUGGAAACAGUACAGCAAGUGGAAUCCCAACAGGUGAUUUGGGGCUCCUGAAUGAUGCUGCUGACCAAGACACAGCAAAAGAAGUCACUGCUGGAGCUUCUGGAGAUGAUGUCUAUGUUGAGGUUGCUCAGGGAACCACUGAAACCCAGCAGGUCUUCGAAGGAUUCACAAAAGAUAUUCACCAACCAGACCAAGUGUUGACUUCAAAGAGGAUCGUCCUGCUGGGGAAAACUGGAUGUGGGAAAAGCAACUUAGCUAACACCAUAUUUAAAGAGGCUGAAUUGUUCAACACAAAUGAUUCUCCCAACUCUGGAACAUUUAAAUGUCAGGCAGAAACCAGAACUGUCAGUGGAAGAAGCAUCACUUUGAUCGACACUCCUGGAGUUUUUGAUUCAGAAAGGUCUGAGGAGGACAUCAACUCUGAGGUAAUGGGGUGUAUCACAGAGUGUGCUCCUGGGCCUCAUGCUUUUUUCAUUGUGCUCAAAGUGGAUAGAUUCACUGAGCACGAGCAGGCUGUCAUCACUAAAAUUCUUCAGUAUUUCUCUGAAGAUGCUCUGAAGUAUGCUGUAAUUGUCUUCACUCAUGGUGAACAGCUCACUGAAGGAAAGACAAUUCAGGAUUUUGUCAGUCAGAAUAAGAAUCUGAGUGAUCUGGUGAAGAAGUGCGGCAGCAGGUGCCACGUCUUUGAUAAUAAAUACUGGAAGAACAAACAGCAGAAUAACUACAGGAGCAACCAGUUCCAGGUCGAGGAACUUUUGAACACAGUAGACAAGAUGGUGAUGGAAAACAGUGGAGGCUACUACACCAAUGAGAUGCUGCAAGAAGUGGAGGAAGAAAUAAAGAAAGAGGAAGAGCAGAUAAAACAGUCAUCAGGAAACAUGCCACAAGAAGUGAUCAGACAACAGGCUAAAGCUAAUGUCUCUGAUAGGUUUCUGAUCCAAAUGACAGGAUUUGCAACAGGGGCAUUGUUAGGAGCCUUUCUUGGUGUGCCGGCAAUGAUUAGAUCAACUUACACAACUAUGAGAACCUCUACAGAAUUGAUUAGACUAUUGAAAUACAUUCCAGCUGUAGGAAUGACAGCUGCAGCAGUAGUAGGAGGAGGAGAGGUAGCAAUAAUAGCUGCUGGAGCACUGGCAGGUGUGGCUCCAGCAGCAAGAGCAGGUGGUACUGUUGGACAAGAUGCAGCCAAGGCAGCAGACACAGCAUGGGGUGCAGCAAAGAUGGCAGCUAAAGCUGUCAUUAAUAAUACUAGAAGAACAACCUGAAAAUGUUUGUCACUUGAGUGGUUAUGUUACAGUUACCUACUGUAGUUACACAUGGCAACACCAGCAUUCAUUUGGAGUUCUUUAAUUAUUUGACAGUGAUUUUUUAGAUGCUGAACACUGAUCUCUUUUUCUAUAUUAAUACAUUGUUUAUUUGUUAUAAAUCUGUUUUUCUACAAUAAAAGCACUGAUUACUUCUCUCA